AUGCAGGAGAAGCUCAAGGACAACGGGACUCCCACUUCAUCGAGAGCGUCGUCUUUUUUUAUCGAGAACAUACUAGGCAAAGGGAGGGAUAAACAUGAGUCGGUGACGGACAGGAGUCGCGGGGAAGCCGGUGUGGAGACCGGCUCCUCUGACCGAGUCCUGAAGGCACAUCACGCCGAUGUGAGCGCCCCAGAGCCGGAUGGCUGCAGCUCCACAGCUCGGUCCCCGUACAGAGACUCGCCCUUACAGUGGCACCGCGGGGCAAAUGCCUUAAACUUCAGAGCUCUGGAAACACCACAAAGUCCAAGAGAUAAUACAAGUCCAGGUGACCACUGUAGCUCCAUAUCGACCAGUGACAGGGGCUCCCCGGCAGUAUCCGAACCGAUAACUGAGGACAGCGACGAGACCGACAGGAAGACAGGGGACAGCAACCUGACAGACGACAACGAGGACAUGCACAACGGCUUUGACGCGCGGUCAGAGCAAGACCCGAGCUCCACCCGGAAGAAGAAGACCCGCACCGUGUUCAGCCGCAGUCAGGUGUUUCAGCUGGAGUCCACCUUUGACGUGAAGCGGUACCUGAGCAGCUCGGAGAGGGCGGGGCUGGCAGCGUCCCUCCACCUGACGGAGACUCAGGUCAAGAUCUGGUUCCAGAACCGGAGAAAUAAGUGGAAGAGGCAGCUGGCGGCAGACCUCGACGCUUCACAUGUCACACACUCCACCCAGCGGAUUGUCAGGGUCCCCAUUCUCUAUCACGAGGGCCCCGGACACACUGCUGCACUGGGCUUCACCAUGAACGGACAUCCACUUUCUGCACCCUUAGCCGGAUUCUCCAGCUACCCUCUGUCCACGUUCGCUCACUCCAUGAGCUUGUUAAGAUCGCAGAUGACCGGCUUGGUGUAAAGACUUUCAUAUAUAAACUGUUUGAAACAUGAGUUCACCCUGUUCAUACUGAGUCGUGCAAUAACCCACACCCAAAGAUGAGAGCCGCAGAGACAUUAACAUACAGUGAUGAAUCAUCUGUAUCUGUUCAUACAUCUAUGCCCCUGUCACAGCAAGGCCGAAGCUGCUUAUAGCCUACUGUAUGUUUGAAAACACACAUAUUUUUGCAAACUUUUAUAUGUAAAGCCACACAUCUUUCCAACGUUGUCAC